UGGUCAAUCGGUUCGGUUCCAGUGGAGCCCCGCUCCAGAUUUUCCCGUUUAUCCCGACGUGAGGCUCUCGUUUUUCCGCACUGCACUCAGACGCAAAGAUCCUAUAGCGGAGCCUGCUGAGACGCGGGCCAAGGAUGGUGGGCGCACCCGGGUGGGCUGGAAGUUAGCGCUGGGCUGGAAGUUAGCGCUGGGCUGGAAGUUAGCGCUGGGCUGGAAGUUUGUGCUGGGCUGGAAGUUAGCGCUGGGCUGGGUUGUCUGUGCAAACUGCUGUAACUUGAAGCUGCUUCGAGAAUGCAGCGGCCGUGCCUUGCUGUGACAUGGGCAGUUUUUGUGCGGUUAGUUUUAUUGGUUUCUGUUUGUGACUGUGAACCAGUGGAAGAGGAAGUAAGUGCAAGGAGAAGUUUGGUCUGGGGGCCGGGUCUGAGGGCUGAGGUAGUGCUGCCGGUUCGCUAUUUCUAUAUCCAGGCGGUCAGCAACACGGGAGAAAAUAUCACCUCGUCCCCUGGCAGUAAUAUCUUCAUUGUGACAGUCAAAGUGCUCAACUCCAGAGAACAUGUUCGGCGUUAUGUACCAACACCCUCGGAUCGAAACGAUGGGACAUUUCUAAUGAGGUAUCGGCUGUAUGGAAGUGCCAUUGAGGGGCUAAACAUUGAAGUAUUUCAUCGAGGGCAACAUGUAGGCCAGUCCCCAUUUAUUUUAAAAGGUCCAGUUUAUCAUGAGUACUGUUACUGUCCUGAAGAGGAGCCUGAAAAAUGGAAAGCCACUGCAUCAUGUCCUGCAAAAGAAGAACAAAUUUCUAGUGACUUUGUUAACUUUCCCAGUAUAGAUCUUUCACUUCUGCUAGAAGAAGUGCCAAACAGAUUUGGUGAUCGAGGUAUUGUCCACUACACCAUAUUAAAUAACCAGAUUUAUCGACGAACCAUGGGACGGUACACGGACUUCAAAAUGUUUUCAGAUGAAAUGCUUCUAUCUUUAGCAAGGAAAGUUCACUUACCUGAUGUUGAAUUCUAUGUAAAUGUUGGAGAUUGGCCAUUGGAAACCCGUAAAACAAAAGAUAACCCCUUGCCUAUCAUUUCUUGGUGUGGCUCUGACGACACUGCAGAUAUUGUCCUUCCAACAUAUGAUAUAACGCGGUCUACAUUAGAAACACUGCGUGGUGUAACGAAUGAUCUACUUUCUAUUCAAGGACAGACUGGUCCCUCCUGGAGCAAUAAGACUGAACAAGCUUUUUGGAGAGGAAGGGACAGCAGUGAGGAGAGGCUGAAACUAGUGAGGAUUUCCAAAAAGAAUCCCAAUCUUCUGGAUGCUGGGAUAACUGCCUAUUUCUUUUUUCGUGAGGAAGAGCAGGCUCUUGGAAAAGCCCAACUGAUCAGUUUCUUUGAUUUCUUUAAGUAUAAAUACCAAGUGAAUGUGGAUGGCACUGUGGCAGCUUACAGAUUCCCUUACCUUAUGUUGGGUGACAGCCUUGUAUUGAAACAGGAUUCAAAAUAUUACGAGCACUUCUACAAAUCCCUAAAACCAUGGGUACAUUACAUUCCAGUGAAGAGAGACCUAAGUGACCUUUUAGAAAAGAUUAAAUGGGUGAAGGAAAAUGAUGCUGAAGCUCAGAAAAUUGCCAGAUUAGGACAAAUUCUCGCACGAGAACUCUUGCAGCCUUCAAGUCUUUACUGUUACUGUUACAAAGUCUUACAGGAGUAUGCGAGCCGGCAGACUAAUACACCAGAAAUUCGUGAGGGAAUGGAGCAUGUUGCACAGCCUUCUGAUCAUGAGUCCACAUGCAACUGCAAGCGAGCUUCCAAUAUAAAGGAGGAACUUUAACUAAUUUAUAUCAUUGCUUUGUGUUUUUUUUGUGUGCUUUCUUUGAGAAAUCCAUCUUUCGUGGUGCAUUUCUUGAAAGGGCCUGGAGUAAUGUUUAUUUUAAACGUGAAUAAAAAUGUCACUCGGUGGUCAUUAUUCACUACACUCUGAACCCUAUGCUGCUUUUGUGUAUAAUGUUAAUUCUGCCCCUGCGUCUACAAAUUGACGGUAUGAAAUGUGAAAUUAAAGACUGAACAUAGCAGGAAUAAUGUUUGUAAAUUUUAAAAUUAGUUUGUAGUUGUAUGAAACCCUUUUUAAGCUAUUACUUGCAAUUCAAAAUAGUCUAAGUGCACUUGAGCUGGUUUUAUUUGUUAAAUGGUGAAUUUAGUCUGUCAGGGAACAUCUCACUCAUUCUUAACAUCAGAAUUUGUUUUGCAAUAAAAGGGUAGUUUUCAGAACUAAUUUACUUCAGUACAUGCUUUUUGUGUAUUAUAAUAUAUAUGAGUUGUUUCGUACACCACAAUUCUAAUGUAUUUGCCUCAGAUAAAUGUUUAUAUUAAAUAC